GCGCGUGGGCGGCGCAUGACCGGGCGGCGCGGAGCCGAGCCCGAGCACUGCGCGGCCCCGGCCCGCCGCCCCAGCCCGUCCCCGCGAUGCUGCUGCUGGUAGCCGCCUUCUUCGUGGCCUUCGUGCUGCUGCUCUACAUGGUGUCCCCGCUCAUCAGCCCCAAGCCCCUCGCGCUGCCCGGAGCGCAUGUGGUGGUUACAGGAGGCUCCAGUGGCAUCGGAAAGUGUAUUGCUAUUGAGUGCUAUAAACAAGGGGCGUUUAUCACUCUGGUGGCACGAAAUGAGGACAAGCUGCUGCAGGCCAAGAAAGAAAUUGAAAAGCAGUCUGUUAAUGAUAAGCAGGUGGUGCUUUGUAUCUCAGUUGAUGUAUCUCAGGACUACAACCAAGUAGAGAAUGUCAUAAAACAAGCUCAGGAAAAACUGGGUCCAGUGGACAUGCUUGUAAACUGUGCAGGAAUGUCACUUGCAGGAAAAUUUGAAGAGCUGGAAGUUAGUACUUUUGAAAGACUAAUGAGCAUCAACUACCUGGGCAGCGUCUACCCCAGCCGUGCGGUGAUCACCACUAUGAAGGAGCGCCGCGUGGGCAGGAUCGUCUUUGUGUCCUCCCAGGCGGGACAGCUGGGCUUAUUUGGCUUCACGGCCUACUCUUCGUCCAAGUUCGCCUUAAGGGGAUUAGCUGAAGCUUUGCAGAUGGAGGUCAAGCCGUAUAACAUCUAUGUUACAGUGGCCUACCCACCAGACACAGACACCCCCGGCCUCGCAGAAGAAAACAAAACAAAGCCUUUGGAGACUCGACUUAUUUCAGAGACCACAUCUGUCUGCAAACCAGAGCAGGUGGCCAAACAAAUUGUUAAAGAUGCCAUACAAGGCAAUUUCAACAGUUCCAUUGGCUCAGAUGGGUACAUGCUCUCAUCCCUGACCUGUGGAAUGGCUCCAGUAACUUCUAUCACUGAAGGACUCCAGCAGGUGGUGACCAUGGGCCUUUUCCGCACGAUCGCUUUGUUUUACCUUGGAAGCUUCGAUAGCAUAGUCCGUCGCUGCAUGAUGCAAAGAGCGAAAUCUGAAGUUGCAGACAAAACUGCCUGAUUCUUAUCCCUCGGAAAAAGGACUGUUUCUCAGUAAUGUGGACAGCUUGCUGCUAAGUGAGGCUCAGUUUCUGGCUGCAGACACUAAUGUGUUGUUUCUGAACAUGUGAGAUUGGACCAGUGCUCUUCAGAAACGGGGCUGUGCAUGCGGGGAUAGAAGUUUGCCUCCAGAUGAUAUUAUUAAUACUAUGCAAACGUGGACUAGGAGGCCAUUGGGCUUUCUGGGCCAUGAGGCAGAGAGGUGGUAGUGUGGGGACUGAGAGUGUGUAAUCAGGGUAGAAAACAGAAUUCCAGAGUGAGAAUUUAAAUGUUUUUAUAUUUAUUAUUGCUUCUUUCCCCCUUAGUAAUUGAGUCCAGAAAUGUACUUCAUGGCACGUAAACAGUCGUGAAGGCUUUUUCAACCUUCCAUGAAAGGCAGUUUAAGGGUUCUUGGGGCCCUGCCUUUUUUUUUUUUUUUUUUUUAAUUUGGAGUAUUUUAUUCAAGUUGAGCUUGACGCAUUGCCAGUGAGUCUAGACGCAUUCGAAUGUCUCUGACACCAAGUGUUAUACACACGACUCUCCCUGCUGCUGGUGGAAAAAGCUCACUCUUUCUCUCUCUCUUUGAUCCCAGAAAGCUACAGGGGGGACGAGAGAGAGCAAAGCAGUGGAAGGCAAGGCUAUCAGGUUUAAUAGAUAAACAUUUUCCAGGAGGAAAAAUAAUGCUUUCUUAUCUUCUUUAGAUGUGAAUGCUUAGGGAACUUUUCAUUUUUCAUUCCUGGGGAAAGGCAGCCUCCUCAGUUGUUUUCUGAAGAGAAAUAAAACCUUAGAAGCUUAAAAGUUUACAAUUUCUUAAAAUAGCCAUGAUGACCUGAAGUUCACCUAUCUGAUUAUCAUGUCUUCUUUCCUUCUCUUCCUUUCCAGUUUUGCUUAUCCUGCUGUAAUAUUUUUGUACCAGAAAAAAAGCUAAAAUUUUUGACUUAGACUUUUUAAAUUAAUUCAUGAAUGAAUUUAAAACAACUGAAAAAAUAAAAAGGUGUACAAUUCUUCUCGUAGCAUAUAUGUAGCUUUCAGGAAAGGCCGAAGAUAGUAUAUUUAAAUUUUACUCAUUAAGGGAAAAGGUAGGGCAAGGCUGAUUUUGAAGAUAAAAUGAUCUCGUUUUGGAAAUAAAAUGAUCACCUCGUUCCUUCUGUGACACUCCCACCGGCUCUGUGAACAUUAUGUUCGUACCAUGUGUUAAGGAAGCCCACUCAUCACUCUGACUCUGCCCUGGAAAUCCUCAUGGCCCCUGAAGGUUGUGUCUAGGUUACAGGAUCUAUUAUACAUUCAGUGGAUUUCCACAGUAAGUGCCUAUGAUGAGUUUUAGCCAACGCUACCUAUUUCAUGCUGUUCAUCCUGACUUGAGGUUAGUUACCUUCAUGUGCAUGCCAUACACCCCUAUUUUUUGCAUACACUGUAAACACACACACACACGCACGCAUGCACGCACGCACGCACGCACGCACCCACACACUAGAACAUUCCAGUUCUCUUUGGUGAGAAAAGACCUCUGCUUUUGAAGAAGAAACUUUUUUGUAAAAAUCAAAACAAAAUACAAAACUACAAAAGGUUGAAGGCUUAAAAACUAUUAAAAAACAAAAAAGAAACCAUUGCCAUCAAGUCGAUUCCGACUCAUGGCGACCC